ACUGCUGUUAACCUCGGUGCAUCUUCGUGGGCCGGCCCAGGCGAACGGCUCUUAUUAUGUGCCUCACCUUGGCGCCCGACGCAACCGCCUCAACCAACAGCCAACAGAGCUCGCCUCUCCUCGCCGGAGCGCCAAGAAACCGCACCUCUCGCCACCGCGCAGCAGCGCCCACCGCCUCUGCUCUCCAGCGCCCACCGAUGGACCGGUUCCACGACAGGCAGCACGUGUGGCUGCGGAGCCGCGUGCACGGCACGUACCUCAACGCCAACAGCGACGGGAAGACCGUCUCCCUCCGCGGCCGCCGCGCCUCGCUGAAGGCCGCGUGGACAGUGCACAUCUACCACGGAGAGGGAGACGCCGUGUACCUGCUCCUCCACAGCGCCGCCUACGGCCGCUACCUCGCCGCCACGGCCACGCCGGCGCCGCUCGGCCACAACGGCUUCCGCGCCGAGCAGCCCGACUACGAUGAGCCGGAGAUGCAGGCCAUCAUGUGGCAGGCCGUCGGGGCGGGCUUCGGUGACGACGUCAUGCUCCGCAACGUCGGCGGCCGCUACCUCCGCGCCAACGGCAGGUACCUCGGCUGGAACACCGGCGUCAGCGUCGAGGACACGGACCACGUCAGCACCAUGAUGUACUGGAUCGUCGAGACCAUCCCCGCCAGAGAGGCGGGCAUGCCUGACCUUCCUGGCCCGCCCAACCGCGUGCUCUACAUCAUGCUCGGCCAGGCGUGGCGGCUGAUCGUGUUCGUGCGAGCGACCGCCGAGGGGUUCUACGGCGAGGACGGCUGGUUCUUGUUCCCUUUCAGGGGGAGGUCCGUGAACUACCUGAGGGACGAGCUGGCCGACGGCGUCGCUUUCAUCGACGGCCAGCCCCCCGCCGGCAUCGCCAUGUGCGUCCGAGCGGGCCGCUACGGGAGGCUGACUCCACUCGUCGUCGACCUGACCCGCUACGCUGGCCACGCCGAGACCCUCCAGAUUGUCGUGAUGCUGUCCGGGACCCCUGCGUACGAUGAUCUGCGAUAUCCAGAUGUGGACGCAGUGUAGAGAAAGCUCGGAGCGGGAGGCCUGACAGUUAACCUGUUCAUAAGUUGCGUCGCCUCAGAUACGACGACAACAGAACUGGAUGCCCACUUUUUGCCUAUAGAUACGUAGAUAUAGGUUCAGAAAACUCAGCAGCUCAUGUGUUUCUUCUGCUAGCUAAACUUGGUGAAAACGUUGCGUCCAAUGGCUGAACAACUCUGUAGUAGUGAUCAAAGAUUGGUAGUGCGAUGCUGGUUGUAGUAGUCGUUUCAGUGUCGCUCUUCUGAAAUUCAUCUCCUUAAUGUGAUUGUCAAUGCUUCGGAGCAUUUCACUGUUGGGGUUCUUGCAAUGAGUUGAUGAGUUGAUGGUCC